AUAAAUCCAAUUUUUUCCUUCCUUUGAUAUACAAUUUUUUGAUUAAUAAUGUUCAAAUGUUUAAUGUGCAACUGUGUAUUUUCAUCUAUACUUUUGUACAAUAAGCACCAAAUUCUUCAUAAAGACAUGCCGUAUUUAAAAAUAAUUUGUCUGUUCAAAAAUUGUAGGCAACAAUUUAAUAAAUAUCUCAAUUUUAAGAAACAUAUUUUUAGACAGCAUUCAACAGAUAAAAAACAAACAUGCAUAACUUAUUGUUGUAAAGAAAGAAAUUGCAAUGCUCAUUUUAACGAUAGAUUAAAUUUUAAUAAACAUUUAUAUAAACAUAUAAGACAAAGUAAAAUUGGGAUUUAUUGCGGAUAUCCAGCUUGUUCUACUAAUAAAAUUUUCAAAACAGUCAGCACUUAUACAGUACACAUAUGUAGACAUCAUCCAAGUGAUAAUUUUGAUAAGCAAUUUGUUACUAAUAAAGAAUUGAUAAAUUUUGAUACCAAUAAUUUUGAUACCAGUAAUUUUGAUACCAGUAAUAAUGACAAUCUUUUUUUGCAAAAGGAAAGUUUAAAUCAAUUUUUGUGUGAUGUGAACAAUAAUGAAAAAGCUAUAGCACAAUUAUAUUUAAAUUUGACUACAAAAUAUUUCCUAACAGAAUUUGCUCUACAAGCUGUAAUAGAUGGUAUGUCAUCUAUAUUUACACUUAUUCAAGAACACUUUAUUACAACUUUAAAUGAAAGCGAUCUUAAAGACGAUAUAAAAGAAAAAAUUAAAGAUAUUUUUCAACGUAGUUAUUCUUUCUUUUUAAAUGUUCAUAAUCCUAUAAAUGGUUGUCUUCGAAAUACACAUUCGAGGAAAACAUAUUUUAAACAAAAUUUUCAAUGUCGAUAAAUAUCCACAAAUUUUCAAAGAUAUGGAUGAGGAUGGCAGAUGUUUUGGAGACGGAUCUCAUUCAAUAUAUUUAAAACUUCGAGACCGAAAUUCUUAUUUAAAUAGACCACAUAUGAAAAGAUGUCUAAGUCAAAGUUUAAAUAUAGCUCUAAAAAAACAAAAAAAAGUAUUAUCUGCUAAAGCUGGAUGUAAUAAUUGGCAGCCAGAAAAAUAUAUUGACACAGAAACAGAAGAGACAAUAAAGGACAAGGCUAAAUUUCUACGUCAAAUAGUUCACGAUGAUUCAUCAAGCGAUCCUAAGAUUCAACAUAAAAUUAAUUUGUAUCUUGAAGCUACAUAUCCGGCGCAAAGAUUGUUUCUUAAUGAUGUCUAUAAAACACCUACUAUUGAAGAUGUUAAAACUACAUGGCCAACUUUAAAAAAAAAAUAUAUGUUUUGGCAUUACGAGCAAUUAAUGGGACAUUCAGUAGAUCUUCUAAAGCAAGAAAUCUUAAAAAAACAAGACAAAAUACUUAUUUAUGGACAGCAUAAAAAAUAUAAAGAUAUCAUUAAUUCAAAUAAUCCUACAGAGUUAAAAUUGAUAAAAAUUAUUAUGAAACAUUUUAAAGAAGAUUUUCAAGAAUUAUUUAAAACAUAUCCUGAAGCAACACCCUUGGAAAAUAUAGAACCACCAGUUGUAGCACCAUGUAUUAUAAUCAUAGAUGAUCCAGCAUGUCGAAUGUUUUAUUUAUAUAUAGAAAAAUUAUUGAUUGAAAGGACAUAUUGCUUUUAUGAAGCCUUAAAAAUGUUGAUGUCUGUAUAUUACAUUUUCAAUAUGGAAUAUCCCAAAAAUAGUACAUGUACCUUAGAAUUUUUACAAAAAUAUUUUUUAAAUAUUCAUCCAGCUUGUGGUUCAAAAUCUCAUAAGGUGUCAACAAAAUACAAAGUAUUGUCACUUUUUAAUAAAUUGAGAAACAUAUCAGAUCAAGAAAAUAUUGCUACAGAUAACAUGUAACAAACAUAAAAUAAAAAUUUCUACAAAAGUAGAAAUAUAAUCUAUUACCACUAUAUUCUAUAUUCUAUGUGAAAGUCUAUAAAAAGCUUCAUAUGAAGAUCAAAAUAAAAACCACUUGAAAACAC